GAUUAAAAUCAGAUCCUUUGAUCCGCUCCCGUAGAUCGCUACACAAAAGGAUCUGAAGUAACUCCGUAGAGGGUCACGUCCGAACGACCUUUAUAUUACGAAUAUUUAUGAGAAAUAUUAGCCAAUCAGAAUAUUCUGCACAAAACAUGUCGGCUAAUCAGCCGGUCCCGCGUCAAUUUGAUACCCCUUUGCUUUCGCCCACAAAGUACUUACCACGCCGUGAUUGUAUUAUUGAGUGUAUUUGUUAUCAUUUAUCGUAAUAUUUUUAUGAAUGGUUAUUUACUUUGAUAAUCGUGAAUAAAAAGGAAUAAAAAGCAUAUAAAAGACACAAAACAUAUACAUAAAUUCUAUGUUUUUCAAACGAUUUGAUUUGGUAACGAUUUGAAUAGAUACAAAGAAUAAUGGCUGACCUCAAAGUUGCCGUGAAAAACUGUUUGAAGUAUUUUAAUGUAGUCACGAUUAAACCAGAACAACAGAGAAUAUUAGAUGCUAUCCUCACAUACAAGGACUGCAUGGCAGUUCUUCCUACGGGGUUUGGAAAGUCGCUUCCGUACCAGUUACUUAUUCCAGUCAAAAAAGAAUUGGGACAAAACGACGGAAAGAAAGUAAUCAUUUGCUCGCCUCUGAUAGCCUUGAUGAAAGAUCAAUGUGAACGUUUGAGUCAAAUUUCCGGCGUAAGAGCGGUUUAUUUAGGAGGUGGUUGUAGGGAUCCGGCUGUUGAACGGGGCGAAUUUGACUACCUUUUCGCUGCCCCAGAGAUGCUAGUUGGAGAUCAGCACUGGAGAUCAGUUUGUCAAAAGUUUCAAGUUUCCACUAUAGUUAUCGAUGAAUUUCACACUAUAGCUACAUGGGGAGAAGAUGAAGGAGGAAAAAAAGCUUUUAGGAAAUGGUUUUCCUACAUAGGGGAAAUGCGUUCCUUGUACCCUGAGGCAAGUGUCCUUGCUCUAAGCGCCACAUGUACUCAGAAAAUCAGUUCACGUGUAAAGAAAAUCCUGAAUUUUUCUACGAACAUAAUCGAAAUAUGUGUUUCUCCAAACAAAGAAAACAUAAAAAUUGUGGUUCAAAAGAUACCAAAUUCUAUUGAAAUGGCAUUAGGCUGGAUAAUAGAAGGUUUGCAUGAUGGAACAUUUCCAAGAACUUUGAUUUACUGCAUGUCAAUUAAAGAUUCCUCUAACAUUUACAUGUACAUUAAAAAUGAACUACCUGAAUGCACCUGCAUUGAUAUGUUUCACUCAGAAACUGAUGAUAAAAAAAAAAUCAAAGAUAAUGGAAGCGCUUAAAGAUCCAUCUAGUGAAUUAAAAAUUGUGGUGGCUACGAGUGCCUUGGGCAUGGGAGUUGACCUUGUAGGAUUUUACAAUGUCAUUUUGUAUGGAUGCCCCAAAUCUAUUGUAGACCUUGUUCAAGAAAUAGGCCGUGUCGGGCGUGAUGGACAGUGUUCAACAGCAUUACUCUUACAUAAUUCUUAUCACAUGAUUGGUGUUGAGAAAGAAGUGAAAGAAGUCUAUAAAGCUGGUAAAAGUACCAGUAACACAACCAAUACAAUAAACUACUCCUGUAGACGUGUUGCAAUGCUGGCACCAUUUCAUAAAGCAACAGAAUUGUCGCAGCUAAAAGAAGUGGAACCAGUUCAUUCCUGUUGUGAUUUGUGUUACAGCAUAUGUCAAUGUGUAUCAUGUUCUCAAACACGCAUUGAAAAAUUGUUUCACUUUACUUUAGAUGACUUGUCUGCGGAGGAGGAAGAGGAGGAGACUGACGAAUACACUGAAUCAUAUGAGAGUUCUGACAAUGAAGACAUUGAUAAUUUGCUUUUAGACAUUAACCUGGAUUGAUUUGUCUCAAUGCAAUAAAAACUGUUGUUUGCCAAUUAAGAAGUGAGUCAGCACAUCUUCAAAUAAUGGCAAAAUGUUUGUUUUACCUGUUAAUUAAAAAGUUUGGAUUUGUCUCGUAUGAUUGACUGUUUGUUGCAAAAAAUUCAAAUCCAUUGACAUAAAAUUUUAUUGUUUUGUG